AGAGCUUCGGGGACUCGUCCGGGCCACAAAGCGAGGCCUUCACAGUCGUGGCCCUGCUGUCUGUGAGCCCGGGCCCCAUGUGGCAGCACCCCACGUGCUUGUCCCCUCCGCCUCUUUCCCUUCCCGGGACGCCACCAGUGAAUGCCGCCCAUGCUGGCAGGUCGAGCACCGAGCUGCGCAAGGAGAAGUCCCGGGAUGCGGCCCGCAGCCGGCGCAGCCAGGAGACCGAGGUGCUGUACCAGCUGGCGCACACGCUGCCCUUCGCGCGCGGGGUCAGCGCCCACCUGGACAAGGCCUCCAUCAUGCGCCUCACCAUCAGCUACCUGCGCAUGCACCGCCUCUGCGCCGCAGGGGAGUGGAACCAGGUGGCAGCAGGGGGCGGACCGCUGGAUGCCUGCUACCUGAAGGCCCUGGAGGGUUUCGUCAUGGUGCUCACCGCCGAGGGAGACAUGGCUUACCUGUCGGAGAAUGUCAGCAAACACUUGGGCCUCAGUCAGCUGGAGCUCAUCGGACACAGCAUCUUUGAUUUCAUCCAUCCCUGUGACCAAGAGGAGCUGCAGGACGCCCUGACCCCACGGCACAGCCUCUCCAAAAAGAAGCCGGAGGCCCCCACAGAGCGGUGCUUCUCCUUGCGCAUGAAGAGCACCCUCACCAGCCGCGGGCGCACCCUCAACCUCAAAGCGGCCACCUGGAAGGUGCUACACUGCUCUGGACACAUGAGGGCCUACAAGCCCCCUGCACAGACUUCUCCAGCUGGGAGCCCCACCCUGGAGCCCCCCUUGCAAUGCCUGGUGCUCAUCUGUGAAGCCAUCCCUCACCCGGGCAGCCUGGAGCCCCCGCUGGGCCGGGGUGCCUUCCUCAGCCGCCACAGCCUGGACAUGAAGUUCACCUACUGCGACGAGAGGAUCGCGGAGGUUGCCGGCUACAGCCCCGAUGACCUGAUUGGCUGUUCCGCCUACGAGUACAUCCAUGCGCUGGACUCCGACGCAGUGGGUCAGAGCAUCCACACCCUGCUGAGCAAGGGCCAGGCAGUAACGGGGCAGUAUCGCUUCCUGGCCCGGAGUGGUGGCUACCUGUGGACCCAGACCCAGGCCACAGUGGUGUCGGGGGGCCGGGGCCCCCAGUCAGAGAGUAUUGUCUGUGUCCACUUCCUGAUCAGCCGGGUGGAAGAGACCGAAGUGGUGCUGUCUUUGGAGCAAACGGAGCGACACUCUCGCAGACCCGUUCAGCGGGGUAUCCCCUCUCAGGACGGCCCUAAUCUUGGGGACAGCCUUGACGCCUCUGGUCCCCGGAUCCUGGCCUUCCUGCACCCCCCUUCCCUGAGCGAGGCCGCCCUGGCCGCCGACCCCCGCCGUUUCUGUAGCCCUGACCUCUGUCGCCUCCUGGCACCGAUCCUGGAUGGGACUUCAGCUGCUGCCACCCCCAGCGCACCCCCGGCCGCACGGCGCCCCCAGAGCCCUCUUCCAGCUGAUCUCCCAGAUGAACUACUUGUGGACGUGGAGAAUGCACACAAAGUCUUUGCCUCCGGGAAAGACCUUGAGGCAGUGGAGACAGAUCUGGAUAUAGCUCAGGACGUCGAUGCUCUGGAUUUGGAGAUGCUGGCUCCCUACAUCUCCAUGGAUGAUGACUUCCAGCUCAACUCCAGCGAGCAGCUACCCAGAGCCUACCACAGACCUCCGGGGGCUGUCCCCCGGCCCCGUGCCCGGAGCUUCCACGGCCUGUCGCCCCCAACCCCUGAGCCUUCCCUCCUGCCCCGCUGGGGGAGUGACCCCCGGCUGAGCUGCUCUAGCCCGUCCCGUGGGAACCCCUCCGCAUCCUCCCCCAUGGCUGGGGCUCGGAAGAGGGCCCUGGCCCAGAGCUCAGAGGACGAGGCCGAGGGGGUGGAGCUGCUGGGAGUGAGACCCCCAAAACGAUCCCCCAGCCCAGAUCCCGAAAACUUCCUGCUGCCUCCCCUCAGCCUGAGUUUCCUUCUGACAGGAGGACCGGCCCCAGGGAGCCAGCAGGACCCCAGCACCCAUCUCCUGGAGCUGAAUGAGCCCCUGGCCCCACGAGGGCAGGGAGUCUCAUCUGUCCCGUUCACUGCCGUGUCCCCAGUGCCUGGCACACAGAAUGCGUGAAUUCUCCUAAAUGAGGUGGGUAUAAGUACCCCUGUUUUCCAGCUCAUGUACUGAGUGCUCACAGUACCAGUUAUUGUUCAAAGUACUCUACAUGGAUUCCCUCAUCGACUCCACAUAACAGCCCUGGGAGGGAGGUACUGUUGUUAGCCCAUUUUACAGGUGAGGUCACCGAGGCACAGAGAGGUGAAGUCACCUGCCCCAGGUUUCACAGCAAGUAAAUAGCAGAGCCUGGAUUCCAACUCAGGCAGCAUCUGCUCCAGGAUUCUUACCUCUUGCCUUAAACACCCUGGACACCUGAGGUGCAGAGAACAGAACUCGCCUGGGAUUUCACUGCUAUUUGAAUCCCGGCCUGCUGGCCUCACCACCCCCGCUUUUAACUGUCAGGAAGGGAAGACAAGUUGGGGUGAUCGUUCUCCCCUGGUUUACCUUCCAUCUCCCCCCACAGGCCUGGGCCCCUCUCUGCUCUCGCUCUACCAGGAUGAGGACACCGCCCAGCCCAGGAGCCAGUUCCAGCCAGCGGCAGGCUUGGCCCAGGCCGACUGAGCCAGCCCCUCCUCCCAUCGCCCUCCUCCUCCCCAGAAAGGACCUCAACCACACUCCAAGCCGGCAGCCAACGCACAGGAUGGGGGCGCCAGGAGGGGGGUGCCCUCUCUGCUCUCAGUGGCCCUUGCCCGCCUCGGGCCUACCUCAGCCCCCACCCCUCUGCCCCCGCCCGUCUGGGGGCUCUCUGGGGUGGUCUCAGCUCAGUGACCUCUGGGAGGGGGUCCCUGGCCUCCUCCUUCUGCUCUCAGGACGUCCCUUGGGGUUCUCCGUACUGGUUACCUCAUCCCUUUCUCCAGCUCUCUUGGCUUUACUUUGGGUAAUUAGGGAUGGGGGAGGUUGGGGUUCAGAUCUGUGUUUCUGGGCUCUGGGGAGUACUGACAACCAUAAUCACAUUUCUUUCCAUCCAUCUUUCUUUUACUAUUAUUUUUAUUUUUGUUGUGUUCAUGAUAAGUUUUUCAUUGCUAUGAAUUGCCUAGGGUCCAUAAGAACGUGGUGCUCUGAUCUUCCCCUGCCCUCAGGUGUCAAUGGUGGGGGGCCUCUGGGCUAGACUGCACCCCCAGCGACUUCUCAUUGAGCCCUCAGCCUCCCAAGCAACUACCCGGCUCUGCCUACCGGCUCCCCUCUGGACUUCUGCUUCCCCUAGCCUCGCCUGGACACUGAGUUCAUUCGUGGUCUUCCUGUUCCACGUGUAGCCUCCAACCUCCUCUUCUUCCAGACCACACAACUUCCAACCUUCUCUGGUUCUAGACCACACGACUUCUGACCCUCUCCGGUUCUAGACCACAUGACCUCCAACCCCCUCUGGUUCUAGACUCUGCUUCUGACCUCUGGUUCUAGACCUGAUGACCUCCAGCCUUCUCUUGUUCUAGACCAUACAACUUCUGGCCCCCCUCUGGUUCUAGAGUACACUGCUUCAGACCUUCUCUGGUUCUAGACCAUGCAACCCCCAGUCUUCUCUGGCUCUAGACUGCACAGCCUCCAAUGUGGUCUGUUUUAGACCUUGCAUCCUCUAAACUCCUCUGAUUCCAGAUCUUUCAAUCUUCAGCUCUUUCCUGUUCCAGACCUCUCAACCUCCAAUUCUGUCUAUUUUCAUAACUCUCAGUCUCAAAAGUUGUCUGGUUCUAGGCCUUACAACCUCCAACUCCCUCGGGUUCCAGAGCCUACAAGCACGAGAGUCCUCUGGUUCUAGAACUUACUCUCUGGCUUUCUCUGGUUCUAGACCUCUCCCUGUAAAUCUCCCUUGUGCUAGAUGUCACGUGCUCCAACUCCUGCUGAUUCCAGAUCUUACCACCAACGAUCUCCUCUGAUUCUGCACCCCACAACCCCAAGCUUUGUGUUGGUUCUAGUCUUCCUGAUGUGUAAUACAUUUUUUUCUAUAUUCAGACUUCCUAACUUCUAAAUAAUUUGGUUCUAAACCUCAUCAUGCCCAGCUCGUUCCUUUUCAGCGCGCCACACUCAAGCUUGCUUUUCCCAUCAAAAAGAAGUAAAAUGAGUUUUAUGUCUUGAUCUGAUAACCAGUGUUUCCAGAACCAGAUACCAUGCUCCAGUUCUCUUUUGCUUUAGACUUCAUGACCUCUACCAUUCACUGGUUCUAGACUACAUAACCGUUAGACCUUGCAAUUUCUAGGACCCUCUGAUUCCAGAUCUGAUGUUCUCCUUUUUUUCCUCUGGUUAUAGAACUUGGCCUCAAAUGUCUUCUGAUCCCAUACCUCAUCCUAUAAAUUCCUUUGGUUCUAAACCUCACAAUCUUCAAUUCCCCCUCACUCCAGAUCUUGACUCCAAAUUACCCUGGGUCUAGAACUCAGCCUUCAAACACCUUCUGAUUAUAGACUUUGCCUUAUAAAUUUCUCUGGUUCUAGACCUUACAGCUUCCAACUCCUGAUUCUAGAUCUUACAACUCCAAAAUCCCUCUGGUUCUAGAACUUGGCUUCACUUUUUCAAACUCUAGUCCUUACUCUAUAGAUUCCUCUGGUUCUAGACCUCACAGCCUCCAGCUGCCUCUGAUUUCAGAUCCAAAUUCUUUUGGUUCUAGAAUGCACCCUCCAAAUGCUUCCGAUUCUAGAAUCUGGACCUCAUCCUGUAGAUUCCUCAGGUUCCAAAUCUUAUGACCUCUGACUCCCUGAUUCCAGACCCCUCCCUCCUAACUCUAUUCUGGGCUUCUCACCCUACUCCCCUCGCCCCAAUUCCUACUCUCUGUCUUAAGUCUUCCCGUUUGAGAUCCCUGCCCUCCCGGUUCCUCUGCUAAUGGACUUCAUGCUCAAGCCUCUCUAUUCUCAAUCUUACAUCCCUAACAUUUCUCUGUCCUAGAACCACCCCCAUCUCAGCCCUCCACAUGUGCACUUACCUUUACUUUACCCCAGGUAUCUGGGGACCUGGGGCUCCCUUGCAAUCCAGGAGACUUCCCCAGCCGCACAGGUACACGCACAGCCCUAUAUGCAUAUCAUGGGGUGGGAGAGAGGCCAGGACUCCUCAGUACCCUGCCACCACCUAUGAGUCCCCCUUACCCCCCAACCCUCUUUCUACGAUGGUGCUACUCUUGGUCUCCCACGGAAAAGGCCUCCCUCUCUCAGCCCGAUUCACCCCCUUUCUGGAAGGCACGUCUCACUCUGUUUCGUCAGGGGAUGGCCUGUCCAGAUUGGUGCUAUGGGGGGAGAAGGGUCUGACCCCUCCCUCCCUCAGGGGGUCACCUGAGCCCUCAGUGGAGGGAACUGUGCUAGGCUGGGGGAGGGGAAGGGACUGGAUCAGCCACGCUGGCUCUGAAACCCACUAAUCUCUGUACCACCAUAAAGACCUCGCCUUGGUGGGCACCAGA